AUGGCCGAGCUGCGGCACGCCACGGUAGCGGCGGCGGCGGCCCGCGCCUCCAGCUCCCCCGCGAAGCGCGACGCGGAGGCGGCCACCUCCGCCUCCUCCCCGUUCCUCCCCUCCCCACGCGGCGGCGGCGACGGCGGCAAGGACGGCGCGCUCCGCUCCUCCCCUCCGCUCCACCAGAGGUUCCCCCUCCCCGGCACCGUCCGCGCCCUCCUCGCGCUCGAGGAUCCGAGGUCGCCCUCCGCCCCGACCUCCUACCGGAUCCUGCUCGCCGUCCUUGCCUGCCUCGCGCUCGCAGCGCUCGUCUCCGCCCCGUCCGUCUGGUCACGCCUCAACGCGCCCUACCUGUGCCGCAAGGAUGGGAUUCGGCUCCAGUGCCCCGGGGUGAGCGGCCGGGGCUCUCUGUGGGAGAAUCCGCGUGUUGCGGCAAUGUCUUGGAAGCCGUGCGCUGAGCGCCGCAGCGAUGAGAUCUCAGAUCUUGUGUCAGAGAAUGAAACUUCUGGCUAUAUUUUUAUCCACGCUGAGGGUGGAUUGAAUCAGCAACGGAUAGCUAUAUGUAAUGCUGUCACAAUUGCUAAGAUAAUGAACGCUACACUUAUUUUGCCUGUUCUGAAGCAAGAUCAAAUAUGGAAAGAUCAAACGAAAUUUGAAGACAUCUUUGAUGUAGAUCAUUUUAUAAAUUAUUUGAAGUAUGAUGUGCGCAUUGUUCGAGAUAUUCCUGACUGGUUCACAGAAAAGGAUGAGCUGUUCACCAGUAUAAAGCGUACUGUAAAAAAUAUUCCAAAAUAUGCAUCAGCGCAGUUUUACGUUGACAAUGUGCUUCCAAGGAUCAAAGAGAAAAAGAUAAUGUCUAUCAAGCCAUUUGUUGAUAGGUUGGGGUACGAAAAUGUUCCAAUGAAGAUUAACCGACUCAGGUGUAGAGUUAAUUAUCAUGCCUUAAAGUUUCUACCUGGCAUUGAAGAAAUGGCUGACAAGCUGGCAACGAGGAUGAGGAAUCGAACUGGCAAUGUAAAUCCGUACAUGGCUCUUCAUCUUCGAUUCGAGAAGGGGAUGGUGGGUCUAUCAUUUUGUGAUUUUGUUGGAACUAGAAAGGAGAAAGCAAUGAUGGCUGAAUAUAGACAGAAACAAUGGCCAAGACGCUUCAAGAAUGGAUCUCACUUGUGGCCUUUAGCAUUGGAAAAGAGAAAAGAAGGCCGCUGCCCACUUGAGCCUGGAGAAAUAGGUUUUAUUCUGCGUGCAAUGGGAUAUACGAAGGAGACUCAGAUAUAUGUUGCAUCAGGGCAAGUGUAUGGUGGAAACAAUAGAAUGGCGCCACUGAGGAAUAUGUUCCCCAAUUUGGUCACCAAAGAAGAUCUUGCAAGCAAGGAGGAAAUAGAGCAUUUCAAGAAGCAUGUAACCAGCCUUGCUGCACUGGACUUUCUGGUUUGCCUGAAGUCGGACGUGUUUGUCAUGACCCAUGGUGGCAAUUUCGCCAAGCUGAUCAUCGGCUUCCGCCGCUACAUGGGGCGCCAUAGGCUCAAGUCUAUCAAGCCAGACAAGGGGCUCAUGUCUAAGUUCUUCGGUGACCCUUACAUGCCAUGGGCAACUUUCGUGGAGGAUGUGAUGAUCACUCACCAGACACGAACUGGCCUCCCUGAAGCCACCUUCCCACACUAUGACCUCUGGGAAAAUCCUCUCACCCAUUGUAUGUGUAGAUCUUAGAUUGUAAACUACAGGCCAUUGUCCAUAGCUUAAUUAAUUAAUUUGUUCAUACAGUCUAUCCUUUAAAGCUGUAACGUAAGUUUUAUAUAAAUAUUUGUUACCACUUCCA